AUGUCGAGCACUCCGCAUGCCCGGUCGGGCAGCUUUCUAAGCUCGCUGCUCGAGGGCGGCGGGCCGGAAGGGUCCGGCCUGCGGACGGGCGCCCAGCUGGAGGCUUACGCGGCGACAUGCAGGGAGUCCAGCGGCCGACUGGCGGCGAUCUGGGACGACGUGGGCAUCCCGCGGGCCGACCAAGAGCGCGAGGUGGAGCAGGUGUGGGCGGCGGCCACGGAGGCGUGGACGGCGGCGGUUGCCAGGGCCGAAGCUCACAGGAGCAGCCUGGUGGCCAGGGUUGAGGAUGCGCUGCGGGAAGUGGACAAAUUGAGGGAGGAAAUGGGCGAAGAAGUGCCCCCGGAGAGCCCUGCGGUGAGGGCAAGGGAAAGGGGUUCUUGUGAGAGCCUGAGGUUCGAGUCCGCGCUGGGCGGUGGGACGCUGAAGGCGAGGUACGACGGGGCCGUGGAGCUGCUGGAGGACUGGCGAUCGCGGCGCGAGGCGCGCGUGCAGGAGUUCGAGGCGCUGCAGGCGGAGACGCACGCGCUCAAGGCGCGGCUGGGGCACCCUGUGCUGCCCAGCACGCCGUCCAAGCACGCCAAGGCAGACAUCACGCGCGCAAACAUGGAGUACCUGCGAGGUGUGCUGUCAACAUGCCACUCAGAGAGAAUACGCAAGGAGAGGGACCUGGAAUCGAUGCUGGGCACGCUGCGAAAGCUGUGCAUGGAGCUCGGCGAGGAUGAUGUGGAGGCAGCAAGCUCUGCACACCCCAGUCUGGCGCUGUACUGGCAGUCCAUGCCGGCGCUGGCGCCCAGGGGGCAAAGCUUUGGGUCAGCUUCAGAUGCCUUUGACACAGCUCGCCAAGAGCAGCCUGAGAUCGACCUGUGCGAUGAGACGUUUACCGCAUUGGGGGUGAAGAUUGAUGAGCUGAAGCACCUGAGGGAUCUUCGGGACCAACAGGCGCGGGAUCUGACAGAGCUCCUUGCAAGCCUUUGGGCCGCUCUGGACACCCCAACCGAUGACAUCGACCGUGGGAUAUUCACGCGACUCAUGGAGGGCUCCACAAGGCUGCAUGCUAAGUCUAUAGAGAGGUGUGUGACGGAGGUCAAUCGUCUGGAAAAGUUCAAGACACAGCACUUGGAGGACAGGAUCAAUGCAAAGGUGAUCGAGCUCCAGGAGUUGUGUAUUGAGACCCACCUGCCGAUGCCUGACCUUUCACCCCUCCUGGGUGAGGGCUACGAUCCCACAGAGGGCUUCCGCGCCACUGAGUCCAAUGUGGGCCAGAUCGCAGAUGUAAUGGCCAAGAUUGCGCGUAUGGUGGCAGAGGUACAGCUGAUUGUGCAGAGGCGGUCAAAGAUCAUCGAGAUGAUUUUGGACCUUGAGGCCUCCCGGCAAGAAGCUGACUGGUUGCACUCGUACGAGAAUGACAGCGAUCGGUACAAGGGGCGGGACUGCAAUCGAAAGCUGCAGCGGGCAAUCAAAGCGGGGAGGAUCCGGGACAAGAUGCCAGAGAAGGUGGAGGCACUUCGGGCACUGAUCACCACAUGGGAGCAGGAGGAGGGGUACCCCUUCGUCUUUGAGGAUGUGGACUACUGCGGCGAGAUGCUGGACGGCGUGCUGGAAGAGUGGAAUGCCCGGAUGGCCGAAAAGGCAGCCACCCGGAACAACAACCGGGCCCGUCGCAAGGCGCCUGUCUCAGGGGUCGGCGGGGAGCCAACCCCGCGGUCGCAAAUGUCCCUCACGCCACAGAGCAUGGGAGAGAGGACGCCUCGGGAGGCGGGAAGGAAGCGGGAUGGCUGGUGCAACAGCACACGGCUGAGCAGCGCCAACGUGCGCACGCUGGAGGCCAGCCAAGCAGCAAACACGAUCCACGAGAAGGUCAACCGCAUGCUGAAGACGCCGUCGCCAGCACAGGUUGAAGACGGGUGGGCUCCGCCGCCAACUACUGGGAAGAGGAGCGGGCGGCCCAUAGUGCCACGGUUAUCCCUUCCAGGUGUCAAGCCAGGCGUGCCGCCAUCCCCACCUCGUUACAGUGACAUGAAGCCCGCCACAGACUUCUUCAAGGCUAGCGGGGGCCGCUCGCCAGCCAACUCCCACCCCCCCAGGAGCGCACCUCCUGGCCAGAGACCAGCAUCCACACCGCUGGUGGAGAUGACGUCGCCGCAGACGUCAGGCGACGGGGAUGCUGGCCAGGUGCGGCCGGCCACAACGGAGCCGAUGCAGUGUGACUCGCCGAUGGAGGACGCGGUGCAGGAAGCAGAGGUGCAAGACUUUGCAGUGCAGGUGUCCGGGGUGCCUAACCCAAUUGGGGAUGAGAACGGUAUGGACAUAAGUGCAUGA